GGGGGCGGCGGGAUGGGCUGGGCUGGGUUGGGCACGGCUCGGCUCGGCUCGGCUCGGCGGGGUUGGGCACGGCUCGGUUCGGUUCGGUUCGGCACGGCCGGCAGGCAGCGCGCUCCCGCAGCCGCAGGGCUCGCUCUCCCUCUCCGAAUCUUGGAUAGAGCUGGGAUUAAUUCGAGCUCUCUUGCCUGAAAGAGAUGUUCCGUUUAAAAUUCCCAAUCCCGAAGGCAUAUUGGAGUUUGGUUCUAGGGAUGGCACCCGCGGAGCCCGAGGCCGCCCCGGCCCGCCGCUGAGGUGCCCCCCACCAGCCACCCCGAGCCCCCUGCCCAGAGCACGAUGAACAAGCUGCCUUUCCACAACAACAGAGUCAUGCAGGACCGGCGCAGCGUGUGCAUCUUCCUCCCCAACGACGACUCCCUCAACAUCAUCAUCAACGUGAAGAUUUUGUGCCAAGAGUUACUGGUGCAGGUGUGUGACCUCCUGAGGCUGAAGGAUUGUCACCUCUUCGGGCUCAGCGUCAUCCAGAACAAUGAGCACGUGUACAUGGACCUGGCCCAGAAACUCUACAAGUACUGCCCCAAGGAGUGGAAGAAGGAGGCCAGCAAGGUCAGCGGUGAGGUCUUGCAUGGAGAGCUGACGGCAGUAAGGCCACCUCUGUCCCCGUCGCAGGGGAUCGACCAGUUCGGGCCCCCGAUGAUCAUCCACUUCCGAGUGCAGUACUACGUGGAGAACGGGCGGCUCAUCAGCGACAGGACAGCUCGCUACUACUACUACUGGCACCUGAGGAAGCAGGUGCUGCACUCGCAGUGUGUGCUGAGGGAAGAGGCUUAUUUCCUGCUCACUGCCUUCGCCCUGCAAGCUGACCUGGGGGACUUCAAGAGGAACAAGCACUACGGGAAGUACUUCGAGCCCGAGGCCUAUUUCCCUGCCUGGGUGGUGGCCAAGAGGGGCAAGGAUUACAUCCUGAAGCACGUCCCCAACAUGCACAAGGACCAGUUUGCCCUGACGGCCUCGGAAGCCCAUCUCAAGUACAUCAAGGAGGCCGUCAAGCUGGACGACGUGGCCGUGCACUACUACAGGCUGUACAAGGACAAAAGGGAAGUGGAGGCCUCCCUGACUCUGGGGCUGACAACACGGGGCAUCCAGAUUUUCCAGAACCUGGAUGAGGAAAAGCAGCUGCUCUACGACUUCCCGUGGACAAACGUGGGGAAACUGGUUUUUGUGGGCAAGAAGUUCGAGAUCCUGCCGGACGGGCUGCCCUCGGCUCGGAAGCUCAUCUACUACACGGGCUGCCCGCUGCGCUCGCGCCACCUCCUGCAGCUGCUGAGCAGCAGCCACCGGCUCUACAUGAACCUGCAGCCCGUGCUGCGCCAGGUCCGCCGGCUGGAGGAGAACGAGGAGAAGAAGCAGUACCGGGAAUCCUACAUCAGCGACACGCUGGACCUGGACAUGGAGCAGCUGGAGAAGCGCUCGCGCGCCAGCGGCAGCAGCGCCGGCAGCAUCCGGCACAAGCGGCUGUCCCGGCACUCCACCGCUUCCCACAGCAGCUCCCACACCUCCGGCAUCGAGGCCGACCCCAAACCCCGGGAGAUGGGCCCCGAGGACGGAUUCUCCGGCGCCGGCGCCCACCGCAAGCUGAAGACCUGCAGCUCCAUGACCAGCCACGGCAGCUCCCACACCUCCGGCGUGGAGAGCGGCGGGAAGGACCGGCUGGAGGAGGAUUCCCAGGAUGACGAGAUCGAGAUGCUGGUGGAUGACCCCCGGGAGCUGGAGCAGGCUGGGGAGAUGGAGGUGAGCCCCGACAUGUGCGUCUACAUCACCGAGGACAUGCUGCUGUCCCGCAAGUUCAACGGGCACUCGGGACUCAUCGUGAAGGAGAUCAGCUCCUCCACCUCCAGCUCCUCGGAGACGGUGGUGAAGCUGCGGGGGCAGAGCACCGAUUCCCUUCCCCAGACCACGUGCAGGAAACCCAAGACAUCGACGGACCGGCACAGCCUGAGCCUGGACGACAUCCGGCUCUACCAGAAGGACUUCUUGCAGCUGGCCAACCUGUGCCAGGACACGGCGCAGAGCUUCACCUUCGGCUGCGCCCACGGCCUGGACGAGGACGGGCUCUACUGCAACGGCUGCCUGGCCCAGCAGUGCAUCAACAUCCAGGACACCUUCCCGGUGAAAAGAACCAGCAAAUAUUUCUCCUUGGAUCUGACCCACGACGAAGUCCCCGAGUUCGUGGUCUGAGCGUGGGGAGGCUCCGAGGCCGCCUUCCCCCGGCCCUGCCCCGCUCCCUGCGAGCCACGGGAAGCGUGGUGCUGGAGGAUUUCCCCGGAUCAGGGGCGGGAUGGGGCACGGAGAGCAUUCCCAGAGGAGUUUGUGCCAAACACAAGUUGUCUUAUUCCGACUGGCCGGAGCACGGCUCGGUCGGAGCCCGCAGAAGCCCAGCCGAGUUUUCUCGUGGCGAGGUGGCCUCUCCCCCUCCUUGCCCCCAGGUGACCCUGGGGUGGCUGGAAAGUGCCAGACUGUCGUGUUCAAGCCAAGCCAAAGAAAUGUAAAUAACCCUAAAGGCCAGUAUGGGAAGGGAGAAUUCAGCAAUAACCAGCCGGGGAUCUCCGGGCACGGUGAUGUUCCGUGGAGGAAGGCAUGGCCAGCAGCUCCUGGGGCAGAGCAUGAUCCCAGUUUUUUCCAAAAAAAACACGUGCUGGAGGUCAGCCCACAGCAGUCCCAGCCAGGUGGAUGAUGGCUGGAAGCUCUCAGAGCCAUUUGCAACUUAUUUUUUAUCUUUUUCUUUUCUAGUUUUGUUUUUUUUUGGGGGGGGAGCAAAACCCCAAAACCAAAAAAAAAAAACCAACCAAAAAUCCCCCACUCCCCAAAAAAAAAAAGAGAAAGCAAUGGAGGAUGGAAAAUAAUAAAUCCCCUAUAAGGAUAAUGCAAUAAUGCAUCCCAAACAUUGAAUAUCUAGAGGAUACAUAUAUAAAUAUAUCGAGCUAUGUAUGUUUAUAUAUGUCUGGAUCUUAUAGACCCAUUUGCAUUUUACUCCUGCUCUGAAACACCUUUUUAUACAAAGGAUCUGCCUCUCUUCUUUCACGAGCUCUUAUCAAGAAUCCUGAUUUUUUUUUUUCCUAAGCACUAAGGUGAGAAAACAGACUUUCCUCUCGAGGAGAACGCGCAUCCACCCGCCUCGUCCCUGCGGCUCUUCCCGCUGCAUUUCUCUUCUCCCAAGGCUUUUUCAUGCGUCUUUAGGUGUCUUACAGCUGGAAAAAAUCCUGCCAGAGGAUGAUGGUGACGUGCUAGGAAAAUCCAGGGGUGGUUUCUGAGUGUGUCCCAGGGAAGGCAGCCAGCCCAGGUGGAAUAUUUGCCGUCGGUGAAGCGUUGCAGAGUUAAUUAUCACAGCACAAUGCCUUUGUAGUGGAUAUUUUUAAUUAGAGUUUAGCCAUUGACAGCCAAAGUUUUGCCAUAUUUUGAUAUACCACCGUUGUUUUGUUUUUUUGGUUUUUUGUUUUGUUUUUUUUUUUUUUAAACUGGAAGCUUUUCUUAAAAAAACAAACCAAAAAAAAAAUAAUAAUGAUAAUUAUUUUAUAAAUAAGCACAAUCUUAUUUUUAUAAGAAAUGGUGGGGGAGGGAUCUGAGAAAGGGGAGCUGGUACCAAAAGAAACGGAGAGUAGCUAUAGGCACAGUGCAAAUAAAAACCCCAAUAAUUAUACCCAAAAUAACCCAAAUAAAAUCCCAAUCUCUUGGGAUGUUGGGAUAUGGGGGAGCUGCUGUGGGACCCCUGGCACCGUGUCCCCACCCCAGAGCUUGAUCUGGCCCUGCCUGAGGGGUUUUAUUGGAGAAUAAUGUCGAUAUCCAAUGUUAGCAGGGCAGGAUGGGGGUCCCUAAAGCAUCUUUAUCUCCCUAAAUCCACACAGGGCAGCUGGAGGGAUGCUGCUGGGGCUCAGGGCUGUGUGCCCCGCUCUGCUUUGGGGGAAAGCCCACCAAAUACCCCAAAAAAACCCUCUUUGGGUGCUGGGAUAACGUUUGUGACUCCAGCUCCCCAUCCACGGCUGGGUUUGCACCAGCAGCGUGAAUUUCCAUGCUGGCACAGGCAGGAAAAUUCCCCAAAUUGAUCCCCAGCCUCUUUUUCCCCCCUCUGCAGCCUCUGGGUUCUCUCCAUGGAAUCCUCACCCUGCGGAAAGUCGGAGCUGGAGGGGCAAAAAGGGAUCCAUUGUGUGAAAAAAUGCUCAAAAUGCUCCAAAAUGGGGAGGGGGCAGCCCCAUCCCGUUAUCCUGCAUCCAGAGCUGGAGUGAUGAGCUUGGAGUUGGGAUGGAGCCAAUCCCUACAAACAGGAGCAGUGCCAGGGCUGGGGGACAUUCCCGGUUUAUUCCAGGUUUAUUCCAGGUUUAUUCCCGGUUUAUUCCCGGUUUAUUCCCGGUUUAUUCCCGGUUUUCCCCACCUGCCCUCAGGGCUCUGUUCCCCCUGCAAUAAGGAGCUGUCUGUCUGCACAAAAUAAUCCUUUCUGUGAAAGGAUCUUCCCAUCAGGGAGAUGGGAGAGCCCGGUGACUGUGUUGCAAAAGGAGCAAAAAAAAAAAAAAAAAUAAAAAUAAAAAGAAAUAAAAAUAAAAAGAAAUAAAAAUAAAAUUAAAAAAAAGAAAGAAAACUCAAGGAAAACCACGUGGAAAUCCCCGGAGCGAAACCCUUUUGUACCAAUGAAGUUCGUUGUGUGCCUUUUGCAGCAGGGCUGGACGUGACAAUAAAGUGAAAGUUGUUUGCAUCA